AUGGCAUCCACACCUAGACAUCCAGAUACCCUAGAGGAAAAGAAUGACAAUAGCAGCUGGGGCAGUGGUAGCACCUCUGGAUUUAUUCUCUUGGGACUAUCCUCCAACCCUCAGUUACAGAAGCCACUCUUCACCAUAUUCCUCACCAUGUACCUAGUCACCCUCCUCGGAAAUUUGCUUAUCAUUCUAGCCAUCCGCUCAGACUCAAGGCUUCAUACCCCAAUGUAUUUCUUCCUAAGCAUCUUGUCUUUCACUGAUAUCUGCUUCACCUCUGACAUUGUUCCCAAGAUGUUGGUGAAUUUCCUGUCAGAGACAAAGGCCAUCUCCUACAUAGGCUGUCUAGUGCAGAUGUACUUUUUCAUGGCCUUUGGAAACACAGAUAGCUAUCUUCUAGCAUCCAUGGCUAUUGACCGCUUGGUAGCCAUCUGUAAUCCCUUACACUAUGCCAUGGUCAUGAGUCACAGGCUUUGUGUCAUUUUGGCAGUGGCUUCCUGUGUGAUCUCACAUCUCCACGCUCUCCUACGUGUGCUUCUCAUGUCCCGUCUGUCUUUCUGUGCCUCCCACGUCAUCAAACACUUCUUCUGUGACACCCAGCCAGUGCUGAAGCUUUCUUGUUCUGACACCUCUUCUAGUCAGGUUGUGGUCAUGACAGAGACAUUGGCUGUUAUUGUGACCCCCUUCUUAUGCAUAAUCUUCUCCUAUCUUCGGAUCAUUGUUGCCAUCCUCAAAGUCCCCUCGGCAUCAGGAAAAUGGAAGACCUUCUCCACUUGUGGCUCCCACCUCACCAUUGUGGUACUCUUUUAUGGAAGUAUUAUCUAUGUCUAUUUCCGGCCCCUGUCCAGCUACUCUGUGGUCAAAGAUCGAGUGGCCACAGUCAUGUACACAGUGGUCACCCCCAUGUUGAAUCCCUUUAUCUAUAGCCUUAGGAACAAGGACAUGAAACAGGGCCUGGGAAGUUGA